CAAUAUUAUAAUUAUAGCAAUGUAAAAUCCAAAUUUCAUGCCUAUUCUUAUUUACACCUAACCUACUGCAUAUCCCCAAUAUUAUCCUAUGUAUUAUAUGCCAGUGAUACAAAACUAUAUGAUACCUCAGUGUUAAAUCUCUUAAGAACCUGAAAAACAAUAGACAAUCUUAAAAUCUAAUGAUUAAAGUUCUAUUUCUAAUCAAAACUUUGAUCCAAGCAAUCAAUUAAACUUUCAAUCAAUAAAACAAAUUAAAAAUGAAACUGUAGUUGAAAAUAAUGAAGAAAAUUAAACUAAUACAGAAUCAAAUAAACCGAAAUAAAAAUCUGGGAAAAAGAAGAUUAAUCUCUUACAAAAAUCUACUAACAUAUAAAAAAACUAUGCAAAAGCAAUCAUUUCUUAUUCUUGUGGACAGAGAGUUCUAAUUAUAAACACCUUAGGCAAAAAAAAAGGGAUUGAAUUUUUGAAAAUAAUUAAUUAACUAAAAAAUAAGUUGAAAAAUAUUAAUCACAUAAAGAACUAUACUUAGAAAGAAUCAUUCUUGAGUAUGUUCAGAAUAUUAGGGUAAAAUUUUUAAAAUAAUAUUUUUAGUAAUAAAUUUAUAAAGAAUGAAGCUGUUAGUUAUAUAUAUCACUCCAAUAUCUAACAGAAGAGUUGUCAUCUAAAACACUUAAAGGUGGUCUAACAAAACUUAUUGAAGUGUUGAUCGAG